ACUUGGGCUGGGCCUUUCAGGGUCUCUGGUGGCCAGACCCACAGCAAUGUGGAGGCUCACAUCUGACUUCUUCUUAAGUAGUAUCUGAACUUAGGAAAGUAGGAACCAUCUCCCCCUGAAUCUGGGCUAGGGGCCCAGGCACCCCAGAAUACGUGUCUAUGGUAGAAUUACUCAGGAGCAGGUGUGGGGGAUGGCGCAGGCGUGGUAUAGGUCCGAGGAUACACCGAUUCAGUUCAGAACAGCCACUCCUCCUGCCUGUGUGGCUGUGGGCCACGCUGGUAUUUUGGUGGGAAUUACAGAGCCACAGAGUCAUCUGGCCCAGGUGCAAGCCUCCCUGCCCUGCCUGCCGCCAGGAGACAGCUCAUCUAUAAAAGGGCUCACAGCUCAACUCUUUUCACUGGGGGUUGGAGAGCAGGAAGGGGGGGGACCAUGGACGUCGUCAGUGUCCAGCAGUUGGUAAGUGGAGAAAGAGAAGAAAGGAAGGUGUUGGGACAUGGACAUGAAGUUCCUGAUCCUGGAGUGUGGCCGGGCAACUGGAGGCUGGGACCCCGUGAGGUCGUGGCCCAGGAGAAGCAGAAACUGGGAGAAGAGAAGAGGAGGAGACUGGAGAGAUUUACGAGUUCCAGACUUAAACUGGAGAAUCUGGCUGACUUGGAAAACUUGGUUCAAAGACGAAGAGAAAAUCGACUGAAACGUAGAUUCCCCCCCAGGGCACCUAAGUCCGUGGUUAAGCCCCAGGCCCAGGUCCAGCUGGAGCCCGUGGACUUAGAAAUGUUCCUGAAGGCAGCUGCUGAGAACCAGGAAGCCCUGAUUGACAAGUACCUGACAGAUGGAGGGGACCCUGAUGCCCAUGACAAGCUCCACCGCACAGCCCUGCACUGGGCUUGCCUGAAGGGUCACAGCCAGCUGGUGAACAAGCUGUUGGAGGCAGGGGCCACUGUGGACACUCGCGACUUGCUGGACAGGACGCCUGUGUUCUGGGCCUGCCGAGGAGGACACCUGGACAUCCUCAAACAGCUGCUUAACCACGGAGCCCAGGUCAAUGCCCGGGACAAGAUCUGGAGCACCCCCCUGCACGUGGCUGUGCGCACAGGGCACUGUGAGUGCCUGGAGCACCUCAUCGCAUGUGGAGCCCACAUUGAUGCACAGGACAAGGAAGGGGACACAGCUCUACACGAGGCCGUGCGGCACGGCCACUACAGAGCCAUGAAGGUACUGCUGCUCUAUGGAGCCCAGCUGGGCAUGCAGAACCAGGCUUCAGUGACCCCAGUGCAGCUGGCCCGAGACUGGCAACGAGGCAUCCGCGAGGCUCUGCAGGCCCACGUGGGGCAUCCCCGCACACGAUGCUGAUGACAGCAGACCCGUAGGGCCCCUCACAGCCACCAUUCCAUCCCUUUCUCCUCCUAUCCUCACACCUGUCUGUGGUUUUGACUUCAGUCCUGAUUCCUCAGGCCUCCAGGGCAGGUGGAUGAAACAGCCUCCCUGGCUUCGAGUUUCAGGGAUGAGCUGCUCCCUGCCGGGGCACAAACUAGGAAGAACUGGAGUAGAACUCUGGGUGAGCAGGAAGAAAGCAAGGUGGGUCCAGACAAGGAACAGCAGAGAGGAUGGAGCAAAAGCCAAGGUGUCCUACACCUCAGGGUCCCCAAGGUUGGUGCUCGUCUUCCCCAGUGUCCAGUGAGCCUCCACCUAGGGGACUGCUUAUGCCCCAACCUCCACCAGGGUGUUUCCUGCCAGGUGGUGACUCAGCAUGGCUAGCAGCUGCCCUCCAGGCCAGAGACGGCAGGCAUUUCUGUAACUGGCCAGUGCCAUUGGGCAGAGGUUUCUCAGUGACUCCACUGCUGUCAGCAGAAACCCUGAUGGUGUUGGGAAUGGCUCUAGACCCAUUUGGUCUUAGGGACUCUGGUGUUGGGUCUGGAGGGGUUGCCCAGCAGGUCUGGGGCCUCACAGUAUAAGUCCAGUACCAACCUGGUUUCCACAGAAACCCUAAGACUGAGAACUAGAGCCAUACUUUAUAGAGAAUCCCCUGCCCACUGUCUGAAGGUUUCGGUCAGGCCUGCCCACCGUUCUCUACUUGGCCAGCCAGGAGCUCUCCUGGUAAAGUGAAGUGACUGGGGUGCUGGGGUUGCCUGCGGCUCACUCAGUUUUUGGGGCAGUGGCCCACAACCCUACUUUACCCCAGGCACUAACUCCACCCUGGUACUGGUGCUUGAGCUCCUGCCUGUACCCUGGGGCUGUUGCCUUCUGCAGCUGCCUAGGCAGGACAGAGGGGCUGAGCUCCACUGUGAAGGGGGGCAGAGGAACUCACCUGCUCCUGUCCCCCCGCUGCUAACUGGAGGGCACAUUUAUAACCCCACAUGGAACAUGCUCUCCUAGAGGCUCCUCCUCUUUCACUGUCCUUCAUACUUCAAGUUGUGCUGGUGCAGACGUGCUCCUGGCAGGGAUGGGUCCUUAAAUGCCAGAGAGUGAACCUUAUAGAACUCAGCCCUGAGAGCUAUAGGCCGAGGGACAGGCUGCAGAAUGAAGAUUUAGCCUACCUCACAUACGUAAGCACUGGGACAGACAUCCAUUCGACAGCAGUUAUUUUUGCCUAACAUUGGGGGCCUUCUCAGGCCAAGAAUAAGCCUAUUCUUACUGUGUGAAAAAGCUGACGACAGCCCCCACAUCUUCCCUUCCCACGGGCAGCUGCUGCCCUGUGUGGACAGAGUCACCAUGCACCCAGAUGCUGAGGUCGUGGGAGAAAUGGGUACUCUGGCCCAUGGAGAAGACAACUCCCCACCUAGAAAAUGGGGAUACUUAAGUGACAGACAAAAAUACCUUUUUAUACGCAUCAGUACUUUGUGUUCAUUAAAACUGGUUGGUUAUCGCUCA